UAAGAAGAAAACAGCUCCUUUAUGGCUUCCCAUGGUGAAUGGCUGGGGCGUGUCUGUGUCCCUUUUUCCUCUCUGGCUCCUUGUGGCCUGGACAGCCAGAAGGAAGCCAUGCUGUGCUGCUUCAGCCCUCAGCUUCCCUCUUGCAUUUCCUAGAAAAGUCUUUGGUGCCCAGCUCCAGCUCAGCAGAUUCAGGAUCCCCCUUCAUCAUGACUUGGUCAACGCCCUGCUCAGGCCAAGGUCGUCUGAGAGUUCCAAGCCCCUCCACUCCCUAUAAAAGGCUGGCAGAACAGCCAGAGGAGCAGAGAGGCAAAGAAACAUUGUGAAAUCUCCAACUCUUAACCUUCAACAUGAAAGUCUCUGCAGUGCUUCUGUGCCUGCUGCUCAUAACAGCAGCUUUCAACCCCCAGGGACUUGCUCAGCCAGAUGCACUCAACGUCCCAUCUACUUGCUGCUUCACAUUUAGCAGUAAGAAGAUCUCCUUGCAGAGGCUGAAGAGCUAUGUGAUCACCACCAGCAGGUGUCCCCAGAAGGCUGUCAUCUUCAGAACCAAACUGGGCAAGGAGAUCUGUGCUGACCCAAAGGAGAAGUGGGUCCAGAAUUAUAUGAAACACCUGGGCCGGAAAGCUCACACCCUGAAGACUUGAACUCUGCUACCCCUACUGAAAUCAAGCUGGAGUACGUGAAAUGACUUUUCCAUUCUCCUCUGGCCUCCUCUUCUAUGCUUUGGAAUACUUCUACCAUAAUUUUCAGAUAGGAUGCAUUCUGUUUUGUGAUUCAAAAUGUACUAUGUGUUAAGUAAUAUUGGCUAUUAUUUGACUUGUUGCUGGUUUGGAGUUUAUUUGAGUAUUGCUGAUCUUUUCUAAAGCAAGGCCUUGAGCAAGUAGGUUGCUGUCUCUAAGCCCCCUUCCCUUCCACUGUGAGCGGCUGGCAGUGGGUUUGUCUUCGGUUCCCAGGGGUUGAGAGCAUGCCUGUGGGAGUCAUGGACAUGAAGGGAUGCUGCAAUGUAGGAAGGAGAGCUCUUUGUGAAUGUGAGGUGUUGCUAAAUAUGUUAUUGUGGAAAGAUGAAUGCAAUAGUAGGACUGCUGACAUUUUGCAGAAAAUACAUUUUAUUUAAAAUCUC